AUGGAGGGUCUCUUUUUCAAUGUUAAUGCUGGAUAUGUCGAGGGCGUUGUUCGUGGUUAUCGGAACAGCCUUCUGACUGGCCAGAACUACUCCAACUUGACACAAUGCGAGAGUAUUGAUGAUGUGAAGCUCCAGCUGGGCCCAUCCUAUGGCGACUUUCUCGCAUCUCUUCCCCCGAACCCCUCUACCUCCGCUCUCGCAGGCAAGAUGACCGACAAGCUGGUCUCUGAAUUCCGAUAUCUAGUUGCGCAGUCGACCGGGUCGACUGCUAAGUUCCUUGAAUAUCUCACCUAUGGGUACAUGAUCGACAAUAUCGCCCUUCUGAUCACUGGUACUCUGCAUGAGCGCGAUACUCGGGAACUCCUGGAGCGAUGCCACCCACUGGGCUGGUUCGAAACCUUGCCCGUUUUGUGUGUUGCAACCAAUAUUGAGGAGCUUUAUAAUUCGGUCCUGGUCGAGACCUCCCUGGCCCCGUACUUCAAGGAGAGCCUCAGCCACCAGGAUCUGGACGAGUUGAACAUCGAGAUCAUUCGCAACACUCUGUACAAGAACUACUUGGAAGAUUUCAAUAACUUUAUCAACACCCACUCUGAUUUCACCGGUCCUACUCGAGAUAUCAUGUCGGAAAUUUUACAGUUCGAGGCUGAUCGCCGCUCCAUCAACAUCACCCUUAACUCAUUUGGAACCGAGCUCUCGAAACAAGAGCGGAGAAAGCUGUAUCCAGAAUUCGGCAAGCUCUACCCAGAGGGUAGCUUGAUGCUCUCUCGUGCUGAGGAUGUCGAGGGAGUGGCUCUGGCUGUCAGCGCAGUCGCAGACUACAAGGCAUUCUUCGAUUCCGUUGGUUUGAGCCAGGGUGGUGGUCUUGGAGGCAUGGGUGGUGGCCCGGCCGACGGAAAAAGCUUGGAGGAUCUCUUCUACCAGAAGGAGAUGGAGAUGUCUAAGCUAAUCUUCACCCGUCAAUUUACUCCGGCGGUGGUUUACGGGUGGAUGAAGCUGAAGGAACAGGAAAUCCGCAAUGUCACCUGGAUCUCGGAGUGUAUUGCACAGAACCAGAAGGAGAGAAUAGGAAACUUCAUCUCCGUUUUCUAA